GCGCUCGUUACGUAUCGAUCAGCUGCAGCAGAUGACGAAAGUGGAAGAGGACCGGUGUUUCGGGUGAUGUCAGACAAACAGAUUAUCUCUGAGCAUGGCAGGCAAAAGUUCCCUUGACAACGUUACCCAGAGGGACAUGGCAGAGGAAAGCAAACAAUCUGAUAAGGUGGACGGCUAUGGAUUUGAACGGGAUGGAGACUUCGACCAUUCCUCCUACGACGAGUUUAUGUCCAGGUACCUGGCCAUACUUUCCCGCAGAUCUAUCAGGUGGUCAGGGAUCGUUAGCAAGAAAAACAGAGUCCCCAGAUCCAGGAAAGUGAAACGAUACUGCAGGAAGGGGAUCCCUAAUGAGCACCGUCCAAUGGUAUGGAUGUGUGUUAGUGGUGCUCAAGAAAGUAUGGCUUCCAGCCCUCUCCUGUACCAGACCAUCCUAAAAAGCCAGCAUGAUGAAUCCACUGUGGAAGCCAUCACAAUUGAUCUCCAUAGAACGUUCCCCGACAACAUAUACUUUAGUGCUAACGGUAAUCUGAGAGGACCCCUGUUUAACGUUCUGAUAGCUCUCUCCCACAAGAACAGUGAUCAGGGCUAUUGUCAGGGUGUCAACUUUGUGGCUGGUUUACUUCUUCUGAUCGUGAAAAAUGAGGAGAAAGUGUUCUGGUUGCUUGAUACACUGAUGAAUGAUAUCCUGCCAGAUUUUUAUGCUCCAGACAUGAAAGCCACACAAGCAGAACAAGAACUGUUAGGAGAAAUAAUUAAAUGGAAGGCCCCAGAUCUCCACGCCCACCUUAAGAAGAUGGAUAUACAGUGGUGUUUGGUUGCCACCAAAUGGUUCCUCUGUCUCUUCGCCGAUGUCAUGCCAGUUGAGACUACAUUAAGGAUCUGGGACUGUUUGUUCUAUGAGGGAGACAAGAUUCUUUUAAGAGUAGCGGCAAUGUUAAUAAUACAAAACAAGGACCAGUUUCUAAGAUGUCGAACUUUCACAGAGACUAUGGACUUCUUUAAACAAAUUGUUAAUAAUCCGAAGAUAACCGAUUGCCAUGCUUUUUUACAGAAAUGCUUUACGGAACUCGGACCAUUUCCAAAGGCAAAAAUAAAGGCACUGAGAGAGGAGUGUAUGCAAGGAGUAAAAUGAAUAACCAUCACAUCAAUAUUGCAGAAUAUUUAUCUGAACAAACCGAUAAAGAAAUCCAAAAUACAAUUUACGUUUGUGAUACAACCAAGAUCUCACCCACAACUUAUAUAUAACUGGGGUUCAAUGUCAUUUUGCUUUAUUAAGUUUUGUUUUUGUUUAGAUGAAAAAAUAAUAUUCUAACUGUUGAGUUUUUGAAGAUUUUUCAGCAUUUAUCACACAUUUUUUAUGGAGCCUUAGACACAAUAAAUGUUUAGCUCACCUGGCGCAAAGUGCCAAAUGGCUUAUGGUAUGUUUUGGCAUCAAUAGUCUUUCUAUCAACUUUUGUUGGUAGAGUGAUUCUUCUUAAAUACUUCAAGACCUAGGGUCACAAUAUUUGGCUGUAAGUAGCUGGGAUGUAGUACAUGUUCUCAUAUAAAUGACCUAGACUUUCUUUGAAGGUCACAGGGGUCAAGUAUGUUGAAAACUUCAAACAGCAUUGUCUAAAGAGUUAUGAAGUUUCGCUUUUAUAUUGAACCAUGAUGUUUGCUUUACAUGAUGUAGGCAAGCAAUGCUAUUCUUUUUAUAUGCUAUUGUGUUGAGGUCAAAUGUCAACCUUAAGCACUGGCUUGGCUGGGAUCACAGGCCAACAUUGGCUAUAAGGGGUUAAAUUCUUUUUUGGAAGUUUUGAAGUUCCAUAACACCUACAGUCCACAUUUGGCUAUUAGGUACCUGGGAUCAUGGAUAACUGACCUUGACAAACUUUCAAAGUUACAUGGGUACUUUACCCUAUAAACUUAUAUCUGCUUAAAAUGUGUAGCUUUAGUCCUUGAAUCACUUUUGAAUCAUUUGAGAUACCCCCCCCCCCAUUGUCAUUUGUUUGCUUGUUUUGCAUAAUAAAGCAAACCGUGCUAUGUCAGGAUUAGCCUUGAGGUCUGGCCCUGCUUCUAGGGAUUUAUAUUAAGUAUAUUCACUAUAAUAAUAAGCGUUUCCCCAAUAUUUUACACUUUAUACAGAUAUCAACCAAAUUUUCUGUGAAGCUUGGUUGGUCCAAGGUACCUUGGAAUUAUUUGUUGUUUAGAAGUGGAAUGCAGCUCCCUUGGGGCCAAAAACGGGUAAUUUCAGCCAUAAGUUUUUAAAACCUUACUAAGAACCCUUGGGACCAAGAAAUCAAAUGUUACAUUAAGAAGGGGUGUUGUGCCACUAGAUGCUGAAUGGUGGAAUACAAAAUGGGGACUUCUUUGCAAUAUAUCUUUUAAAUGAGAAUAUUUUGUCAUAAUAGCUUAUGUGCCACAGUGAGUGUAAACACACAGGCCCUUUAGACAUCAUGUAUUUUAAAUUGUAGAUGUAGAGAGGAGUAUUGGAACAAGUAUUUAUUUCAAAAGGACAAGUUUGUAUUUCGGUUAUGUGUUUGUUUCAGUGAGAUUUAAACAUAACAGGUAUACAUUUUUUAAUUACUUGAUUAUUUUGAAUACAGUGCACAAAUGAUACCUGGCGCCCUAAGACCUGAUAAUAAGUCUCGGCUUUUUUUCUACUUGGUUAUGAUUUGCAGGCCCAUUUUCAUAGCUAGCUGUUUUUCAGGGCAACCAUAUUUUUUAAAUAUUUCGACAGUAAGCCAUAUAUGGCUUAUUUUCAAGGCUUGGAGUGAGAUCCCUACGAUCGCCAGACCUAGGAUUGAGUAUUGAUAGAUAGAAAUCGAAAUUGUCGGAAACACAAGAAAUCUCAAUUUAUAGAUUUGAACUGUAAUUGUUGUACUUACCUGUUGUGUGACAUUACAAAAAAUCAAUUCAAGAUAUAAUUAAACCCCCUGCAAGAAGUUAGGGGGUAUACUAGAAUCGGCUCGUCCGUGCGUCUCCACCCCUCCGUAGAUUUGUUUUGUUUAGAUAACUCCUUCUAAAGUAAUAGCCGAUU